GCGCGCCACAGUUAGGAACGAUUAAGGUUACGGAACAGAGUGACAAGCGUGGCCACAUAACCUUGCCUUCACUCUAACAGCAGCAAUAACAGCAACAACAACAAUAACAGCGGUAACAAUCACAGGUAACCCACAGGAACCAUGACUGUGGCGGCGUUGGCAGCAGCAGUAGCAACAGCAGCAGUACUCGCUGUGACAUGCAUCGCCCCAUCAGCAGCAGAACACAGCCAGCUCCUGGACGCCUCGCCUUUCUUCCUGGAGCCCCCCGCGCCUAGGGACACUCCUGAAGGCCACGUGGGAAGCUUCCAGGGGCUCGCUGACGUGGCCCCUGCAGGAGGAGAUUACCAUGUCCCUUUAAGUUCUCCUUUCGAUAAGUCAGAUUUUGAAGAAGAGCGAUUUGAUUACCCUUCAGAGGAUGUUGUGGAAGAUCAAGCGGCAAUUCCAGAUAUUCCAGGGACUCCAGCGUUCCAGGAAGGUGGUGGUGAUGAGGACACACCAUAUGAGACUCCAUUCCAGCACCCAGACAUUCCAGAACAGACACAGGCUCCAGAAAUGAGGGAAGAGCAGCACCCGCCCCCUCCAUCUUCAGAACCAGCAUUCCAGGACGCACCAGUGGCUGAGGUGACGCCCUUGCAAGAGGAAGAGCUGCAGUUACAAGCCCCAAGUAACCAGAACCAGCCACGGAACAAGGAACCAAAGAACCAGUAUGAAAUUAACUCCCCAGUACCUAAGUUUGCUUCGCCCCAGUAUGAAGAGAGUCAAGAUGUAGUGGUGCUAUCAACGCCCCCACGCCCUUCAAGAUCCUCGCCCAUUUCUUCACGCCCACGCCCACCCCAGUACUCCCAGAUACCCUACCGCCGCACAGCACACCCUAAUGAGCUUCCAGUGUACUCCAACAACGGCCCUUACGAUCUGGAGACUCAGGGUUCGAGGGAGCAGUACAGAGUGGCAUACGACUACGACGACCUGCCAGUGGGUCUUCAAGGGGAGGAGCUGGAGGAGGAGGAAGAGGAGGAGGAGCCAGACCGCCUUAGUGUUCUUCUGUUGGACUCCACCUUCACGUGUUUCCAGAAGAACAAUGGCUACUAUGCUGACGAAGAGCUGGAAUGUGAGGUGUUCCAUUACUGUCAGGAUAACGUGAAGCACUCCUGGCUGUGUCCUGCUGGGGCGUCCUUCCAUCAGGUACACCUCAUCUGCAUGCCACGAUCAGAGGACAACAUAUGCGCACGUUCUUCUAAAUUCCACUUCGUCAAUGACUUUUUAUACAAGGAACUACAGGCGGAGGAUGGGCGGAACAAGACUUACGCAGACAGAUAUUACCCAGAAGGCUUUGAAUUCGGCGUGGGAGGAACAGGAGGGCAGGUGACGAGUGAUCCAGGAUACAAUGAUGGCUUUGCUGCUGGAAAUGCUGGUGAUCCUGGAAACUUUGGUGCUGGAAAUGUGUCUCCAGGAGGUUUUGGUGCUGGAAAUGUGUCUCCAGGAGGUUUUGGUGCUGGAAAUAAUGCUGGCGGUGGCUUUAACAAUGCAGGUCAGCCUCCCCACCGCCCUCGCCGCCCUAGACCGAACCAGCAGCCGCCACCAGCCUUCCUUGACGCUUUAUCUCGCCAACAAGAAAAUUUCCAGAGCCACGAGGUGAAGCAUCACGCACCACCACCACCACCACCACAAUCACCACCACCAGCAUCAUCACUCCCCACUUACCAGGAAGCGCAACAACUACAACAACAACAACAGCAGGAGGAAGAGGAAGAUUUGUAUGAGGAACCACCACGUCAGUUCCAGCCACAACCACCACCACCACCACCACCACCACCACCAUUCCAGCAACAAGCUUCUCUACCACAAUUUCAACCACCACCACCACAUAGAGGGGACUUCCGCCCACAGCCACCACCGCAGUUUGCACGCCCGCCACCGCCACCACGCCCACAGAGAACCUUCAGGGGGCGUCCGGAGGUGGGCGUGAGGUACCGGGGAGCGAAAGCAAGGACCGCCCAUACACUGGAGGAGGCGCUGACGCAGAGAAGACCAGGGUUUUAAAAAGGUGUUGUGUGUGUAGUGUGUGUGUGUGUGUGUGUGUGUGUGUGUGUGUGUGUGUGUGUGUGUGUGUGUGUGUGUGUGUGUUUAUCUAUGUUUGUGGCCUAAUUAAAAGUAUAUUAUUUGUAGUAAAG